CCAAAAUAUAUUUUUAGUAGGCGAAGCGACAAAUCGUUCGAUUUGCAUCGAUUAUAGACGAUAAAUUGUCGAUUUUCGUUUUUUUUGAAUUUGGGUCCCUUUACCGAUAUAUCGCCGGUAAUGUAAUCCUUGGGGUGGAGACGCCCAGUGUUCCGGUGAAGCAAGAAGUGGCGCAGGAAGGUCCCUCGAGCGGCGGAGCCAGCGCAGUGGUGGCGAUGGAAGUCGCUGCGCCGAGAGUGGAGCUCGUGGUGAGGAUCGACAAGGCCAAGCUUCACUGCCCCUGCUGCAGCGUCCCCUUGAAGAUUCCGAUGUUCCAGUUCCAGGUAUGCCUUUGUUUUCACUGCUACCAGCAAUGGCAUCCGCUACUUGUUCUCGUGUUCUUAGGGCGAGUUCUCGCAGUGCGAGGCUGGGCAUUUUGGCCUGCGGGGACUGCCAUGAGCACCUCCCCAAGAACAAGUGCUACUCGUGCUUCCAGGAUGGCGCCUACAUCCGCGCCCCCGCGCUGGAAGACUACCUCCUCUCGGCCAGGAUCCCGUGCCCUUUCGACGUCUACGGCUGCCGGGCCUAUGUCGCCUACGCCGAGGCCGGCGACCACCAGCGCGAGUGCCCCUCGGCGCCGUGCGGCUGCGCGGAGCCCGGCUGCACCUUCGUCGGCUUGCCGCCGAUGCUCCGCGACCACCUCAGGGACGCGCACGCCUGGCCCCUGGACAAGCUCCGUUACGGCAGGCCGCACAACGUCUGCCUCUCGGAGUUCGCAGCCGCGGCGCCUGCUCGAGCUCGACGCGGAGGAGGACGACGGGCGCGUGUUCUUCGUGUCCGUGGGCGCGCGCGGCGCCACGGUGGCGUGUGUGAGGACCGCCGCGGCGGCGGGGCCGCAGUUCUCCUGCAAGAUGUGGGCGACCGGGAACCCGAGCCCGGCAACCGGCCGGGUGGAGAUGGCCAUAGUGGAGGCGGACGUGCCGAGCAUCAGCUCGGUGCCCGGCGACGCCGCCGCUCGGGAUGCGGUGCCCCUUCUGGUGCCGCGCAGGAUGCUGCACGGGGCGUCCAUGGAGAUGCACCUCAGCGUCAGGAUCGACAAGGCGCCGGAAUGAACCGCGAAGAACCAAAAGCUUCAUCCAGAACUAGUCUUUUGUCCGUGGUAAUGGCAAGAUGGUUGGCAGCCAUGGCAUGGAGGCUGUCAGUAGGUAGCUCCAUUGCUGCGACUGUUCUAGUUUGUGUGUAAUUUCAUCAGUGCUAAAUCAGAGGUUAAGAAAUGGAUGUCGA